AUGUCUCAGAAUCACAUGAGCAUAAACGUCAAUGAUUUCGUAUCUGAUUUACAUCAAAAUUCUAUUUCAACUUUACCACACAAUGAUAAACCAAUAUCUAAAGUAGCUAUCUCACCACAAUCAAAAUAUCUUUUAACAUAUAGUCAAGAAGAUGAAUCAUUUGUCGGAUGGCUUGUCAAUACCUGUACAGAUCCUUUCAAUCUUAGUUUAGAUACAGAUAUCAUGCCAUAUAAAUGUGAGGGCAUUAAAAAUUUUAAAGUCUCUGAUUACAAGAUCAUUUUGUAUGAUAAUACUGAUGAAGGUCUAGACGGUAAUAUAGUAACAUUUCAGAGCAAUAGCAGCGCUUUAAUAAAUCCUGCAGUUUUGAUUUAUGAAUAUACAAAAAAAAAAAAUUUGGCUCGCAAGGCUUUUUAUCUUUUUAAUGAAAAAGAUAUAAGAUUUGGAGGUUUUAAAAGCGAUAGGAUUUGGAUGAUGUCAUAUGGUUUAAUUUUUCUAUUAGAUUUAACUACUUUCCAACUUCAGAAGCUUUCGCUUUUUGAAAAGAAUCUAAAUAUUGAACAAGUAAAAUUCAAAUUCUCAAAAAAGUUUAUUAUUAUGAAAGUAGUUGAUAAGUAUUAUGUUUAUUCCAAUAACAUAGACCACAUAAAUUUUCCAAUUGGAAAUAUUAAAGAUUUAAGUGAUUUAAAUUAUCAGGAAUUCGAAUUCGCCGGCAAUAAUAAUGAAUUCAUGAUUACAUUAUCAUAUAAUAAAACUAUUAAUAUUUAUUUUUGGAAAUCAAAUCUAAAAGGUUCAAUUAGUUGCAAUAAAUUAGUAGAAAUUGAAGUUCUCGAGAAAAGUAUUCAUAUUGAAUUUAAGGAUAAAUGCAUUUUUAUAGUAUCACCAGACAAACCUUAUAUUUAUAAUAUAGCAAAUCAUGAUUGGAGAAAAUCUAUAUUUGAUGAUAAUAUGGGGAAUAUAUAUAUAGAUCAAAAAUAUAUUUCAAUCCAAGAUAAAAUGAAUGAUGAUGAUGUGGUGUAUUUAAAGGAUGAAACCAUUAGAAAAACUUUACAUGAUGUUAUAUUCAAAUAUUAUGAUAAAUGCGAAUUAGAUAUGACAUGCAUUGCUGAUCCGUCAGAAGAGGAAUCAAAAAUGCCAUUGAUUAAUAAUUUAUUAAAUACAAAAUAUUAUUUUGUAUUAUAUGGAGAAAAAUUAUUAAAAUCGGCGAUCAAACAAAAUAAUAUUCAUUUAAUAAGCACAAUUUUUAACAAAACUAUUGAAAAUUUUAAAGAAAAUCCGAAAAGUAACUUUUGCAUAUUAUCAAUAGCAGGCAAUAAUAUUCUAUACUUAAAGGACAAAUAUUACGAAUAUGUUUUAAAAUAUUAUGAUGAAACGACUUUAAUAUUAGACCCUUUAAAUCAAGAGAUUAGUUAUAUAAAAGUUGACCAUCAUCAUUCUAUCUGCAAACAAUUAGAAAUCAUAAGACCUUAUAUACCUUAUCAUUAUGAAGAAAUUAAGUUUUGGAAAAUUCCAAUUUUCAUAGUAAUAGCUAAAACUUUAAUUAGGAUUGAACCCACUUUAGGAAAUUUAGCUGAUCCAAACAAUCCUUGGAAUCUGACUGACAAAUAUUAUCAAGUUGAUAGGGAUGGGAAUAUUAUCAAUAAUAUGACCAUAUAUAAAAUUCCCGAUGAAUAUACCAAUUUAUUUUCGAAUUAUUCUAAUUCUCUUUUAGCAAUGAGUAUUUUCCUAACAGGAGAUGGUAGUUUAUUUAAUAAAUGGUCACCGCAAGAAAAUAAAACAAUGAUUACUUUAAUGCUUCUAUAUUCCUUUAUUAUUGUCAUAUUUCUCAUGAACUUGUUGAUUGGAUUAUUAAAUAUGGCAAUUGAAGAAGAUAAUGAUCGGGCAACUUAUAUGGCACAAAAAGCAGAGAUUCUUAAAGAAAUUGAAUUAUUCUAUUUUCUUCCGAAUCAAAGACGACUUUGGAAAUCAUGGUUUCCAGAUAUAAUUUAUUAUUAUGCUGAUGUUAAUGAAGUAAAGAAAUUAAUGAAUAGUGAUAAAAUAACUUUAAACUCCAAAACAAAAGAAGAUAUUUCAAAAAUAAUUGGAUAUUGA